AUGUCUAGCCUGCAGGGCUACGUCGACCACCGCGUCCUCCUCAUUCUUCAAGAUGGGCGUGCAAUCGUAGGCGUAUUGGCAGGCUUCGACCAAAAAUCAAACGUCGUCCUCUCCGACUCGAAAGAACGCGUGUAUAGCAUGGACGAAGGCGUAGAGGAGAUCCCACUCGGUCUUUACCUUGUCAAGGGCGACAUGAUCGUGCUCAUAGGCGAGAUAGACGACGCGCUCGACCAGUCCGUCGAUCUGGGAACGAUACGCGCGGAUCCGAUACCUCCCAUCCGAUAUUAA